AUGUCGGGAGCUGCUCUUGUUGCAAUAGUAGCUUCGAUCGGCAAUCUGCUUCAGGGGUGGGACAAUGCCACCAUCUCAGGUGCUCUAUUAUAUAUAAAGAAGGAGUUCAAACUAGAAAGUGAGCCUAAUGUGGAGGGGCUGAUUGUGGCCAUGUCACUAAUUGGAGCAACUAUCAUUACAACAUUCUCUGGACCAGUAUCAGACUGGAUUGGCCGGCUCCCUAUGCUCAUCCUCUCUUCAGUUCUGUACUUUGUUAGCAGCCUCAUUAUGCUAUGGUCCCCGAAUGUCUAUGUACUACUGCUGGCACGUCUUAUAAAUGGAUUCGGUGUCGGCUUGGCUGUCACUCUUGUUCCUCUGUACAUUUCAGAAACAGCUCCUCCAGAGAUAAGAGGUUUGCUGAAUACACUGCCACAGUUCAGUGGGUCAGGGGGGAUGUUUUUGUCGUACUGCAUGGUGUUCGGGAUGUCACUGCUGCCAUCACCUGAUUGGAGGAUUAUGCUUGGGGUUCUCGCGUUACCUUCAUUGUUUUUCUUUGGUUUGACAAUAUUUUAUCUGCCUGAAUCACCAAGAUGGCUUGUCAGCAAAGGGCGAAUGGCAGAGGCAAAGAAGGUGUUGCAAAGAUUACGUGGGAAGGAUGACGUCACAGGCGAAAUGGCUCUUCUUGUUGAAGGGUUGGAGGUCGGAAGGGAUACCUUCAUUGAAGAGUACAUCAUUGGUCCUGCUAUCGAACCAGCUGAUGACCACGUCGCUGAUGGUGAUAGAGAACAAAUAAUACUAUUUGGGCCUGAAGAGGGCCAAUCAUGGAUAGCUCGGCCUUCCAAAGGACCCAGCAUGCUUGGAAGUGUGCUUUCUAUCGGAUCUCGUCAUGGCAGCAUGGUGAACCAAAAUGUACCCUUUACGGAUCCUAUUGUCACGCUUUUUGGGAGUGUCCAAGAGAACAUCUCUCUCGCUGGAGGAAGUAUGAGGAGAAAAGUGUCUUCAAAAUUUGACAGUAUGAUCAGUAUCACAGAUCAGCACCCCAAGACCGAGCAGUGGGACGAGGAGUAUGCAACUGAUGGUGCUGCAAGUGACUAUGAAAACAAUGUACACAGCCCUCUGCUGUCCCGACAGAAUACAAGUGCCGAAGGGAAGGACAUUGCACAUCACGGGCACCGUGGAGGUGCUUUGGGUUUGAGAAGAAGCCUGUCCGAUGAGGGUGGUGAGGCAGCAACCAGCACUGGCAUUGGUGGCGGAUGGCAGCUCGCCUGGAAAUGGUCAGAGCGAGAAGGUGAGGACGGUAAGAAGGAAGGGAGUUUCAAAAGAAUCUACUUACACCAAGAGGGAGUUGCUGGCUCAAUAAGGGGAUCUGUUGUCUCACUUCCUGGUGGAGGUGAUGCCUCUGAAGGUGGUAAGUUCAUACAUGCUGCUGCUCUGGUCAGCCAGUCAGCUCUUUACCCGAGGGAUAUUACAGAACAGCGCAUGGCCGGUCCAGCCACAAUGCACCCAUCAGAGGCAGCUGCCAAAGUUCCAAGCUGGAGAGACCUGUUUGAACCUGGUGUGAGACGUGCCCUGUUAGUUGGUAUUGGAAUUCAGAUCCUUCAACAGUUCGCGGGAAUAAAUGGGGUUCUCUACUACACUCCGCAAAUUAUGGAGCAAGCUGGUGUGGCAGUUCUUAUUUCCAAUCUUGGUCUCAGUUCGGCAUCAGCAUCCAUCCUAAUUAGUUCUGUCACCGCCCUACUUAUGCUCCCUAGCAUUGGUUUAGCCAUGAGACUUAUGGAUGUAUCUGGAAGAAGGUUUCUGCUGCUAAGGACAAUUCCAGUCUUGAUAGCAUCUUUAAUUGUCCUGGUUGUGUCUAAUGUUAUCGAGUUGGGUACAGUGGUCCAUGCUGUGCUCUCCACAAUUAGUGUCAUCACCUACUUAUGCUGCUUCAAAAUGGGCUUUGGCCCCAUUCCCAACAUUCUAUGUGCAGAGUUUUUUCCAACCAGGGUUCGUGGCAUCUGCAUUGCCAUCUGUGCCUUGGUAUUUUGGGUUGGAGACAUUAUCGUCACAUACAGUCUUCCUGUGAUGCUGAAUGCUACUGGUCUAGCAGGCGUGUUUGGCAUAUACGCAGUUGCCUGUGCCAUUGCCUUUGUGUUUGUCUAUCUUAAGGUUCCGGAGACAAAGGGCAUGCCCCUUGAGGUCAUCACUGAGUUCUUUGCAGUCGGUGCAAAGCAAGCGGUUGCAAAGGCCUAG